UAUAGAUCUAUAAUAGGAACUAAGAGGUGUGAACAAAUUAUCAAUAUUAUAAGAAAUUGUAAAUAAUUUAAAAUAAACAAUGCAGUCAAUUAAUCUUUACAACAAAUAUCAAAAUAUGUUUUAUGUAUCUAGAAUUAUUUUUAUAUUUUACUUUGAAUCUUGCUAAGAUAUUUAAUGUUCAAACUUGCAGGUUUACAAGUACUUUUUAUUAAAUUGCUACAAAGAAAUCAAAAUUUAUGAAAUACAUGAUCUAUGGCUGAAUUUAUGGCUCGUAAGAUAGUAAUGCAAUAUUCUAUUUAUUCUAUAAGCAAUAAAUAAUAAAAUUCGAGUAUAAAAUUUAGCACUUUUAGGAAAUUUUACAUGAUAUGAAUAUUAAUAAAAAUUAAUAAUGUUAAGAUAAUUAUUGUUCGCAUAUUAGUAAAUAAUACGAUGUAAACACGAUAAAAAGUUGUUAAAGCUCAUAUUUUCUCAUUGUAGUUUGCAGUAAGGAAAUAAGAGUCUUAAUGAGCGUAGAAUAUUACGUAAUUACAUUUCGUAGUGGCGGAUUGUGCUACAGCGCCACGUAUAAACGAUUAGUACAAUUACAAUAUAGUACAGAAGACGAUGGUGUUCGCUCAUGAAUAAGCAUUGCCUAGGUGUAUAAGACAUCAAUAAGAGAAGAUAUAGAGGACAAAUAAUAGAGGCUACAUAAUAAAGAAAAUGCUGGAAAUCACAAAUUAGGCGCUUUAUUGAUUACCUAACUUCCAUAAAAUUGAGCACGAGUAUCCAGCUGAUCGUCCCUAUAUUUUGUGUCAAAACUGACGAUGCUGCCCCAGGAUCGGCAGCAGCGCGGGCCCGAUGAAAUCAAGCAUGCUGAGGAUCAUACACAGUUACUGAUAACGGACUCGUUACACAUGUCCACGAAGAUGGAGACGGAUAUAUCACACGCUGACGAAAUUAUCCUACAGUGCGAAUGCGGCGAAAGUUUCUUCACUGAUCAGGCUCUCAAUUUGCAUCUAGAAAAGCACAAGGAGGAAGAAGAAAUGCAGUCGCAGAGCGAGCAAUUAGUCUGUGAGAAUUGCGGUUGCAGUUUCUCGACUACAUUGCAGCUGAAAGAGCACCAGAAAAAAGAACACGGUUCCGAGGAGUGUUACACUUGCGACCGUUGCAACUACGUGGCCCCAGAUGAAGAGGGCCUGAGCGCUCAUCAGAGGUGCCACACCGAUUAUCAAUACCAAUGCGAGAUGUGCGGCGAACAGUUUCAAAGUAAGAACAACUGUCAGGUACAUCUCUUAUCCCAUGAAUCGUCGGACAAACCGUUCGAGUGCGAUGUUUGCGGCGCCAUUUUCCGCUAUCGUCAAGGUCUACGACUGCAUACGAAGCUGCAUCAACCGGACUACGUGCCGCCGCAGAGAAAGCACUGUUGCGAGCUGUGCAACAAGCGUUUCUCCCGUAAGCAGGUGCUGCUGGUACACAUGAGGACGCAUAGUAAUGUGGAAUCGCAGAACGAAUACGUGUGCCCGAUGUGCAACAAGGCCGUGUCCAGCAAGACUUACCUGGCGGUACAUCUGCGCAAACAUACCGGCGAGAAGCCGCACGUCUGCGACAUUUGUGGGAAAGGUUUUAUCUCACAGAAUUAUCUCAGUGUACACCGUCGCACGCACACAGGCGAGAAACCGCAUCAAUGCACUCACUGUAACAAGAGGUUCACACAACGGACUACGCUGGUAGUACAUUUACGGGGUCACACCGGCGACCGACCCUAUCCCUGCACGUACUGUCACAAAUCGUUUGCUUCUAAAACGAUGCUGAACUCGCAUCUAAAGACGCAUGCGAAGCAAACUGCGCGGCAACAACAAGAACAGCAACAGCAGCGGAGUUCGCAACAGCAACACGAGUUGUCAGAGGAAUUGCAGGAGGAAUAUCAAGAUGAUCCAUCAUCUCUCGAUACCGUUACUGUAAUAUUACCUAGUUCAAACUACAGUAAAUCAUGAUAGGUUCCAUACUUUUCUAUAUAAUUAAGUUAUUUUUUUUUUUUUUUAAACGUUUUUUU